AUGUCUAGCGCUGAAUUACUUCAAGAAAUUGAGAGACUUACCAAGCGUGUUGAGGAACUGGAGAAGACAGAAAAUGAUGCGACGCCAUCGUCGAGUUUAAAUUUGCCCGUGAUUCAAGUAAAUAAUCAGAAAGCAAAGCCAGAUAACUACUCGGACGGCCCGUGGAACGAGUGGAUUAGUCACUUCAAGCUGUGUGCUCAGAUAAACAACUGGGACGACACACAGUGUUGCCAACAGCUAGCUGUUUCUCUUCGCGGUAGAGCUCAGCGAAUCUACUUGACACUUCAAGAUAACGAGAAGACGUGUUUUGACAACUUAGUGAACGCACUACAGUCUAGAAUUCAGCCAGAUCAACAAAGGAAAAUCCACAAGCUGACCUUCGACGCGAGGAAACGAAAACACGGGGAGAACAUUGUAGAUUUAGCAACUGAUGUUCGACAACUCGCUGCAUUGACGUACCAAAACAAGGAUAAAUCGCUUGUCAAAGAGGAACUCGUCGAACAAUUUGUCCGUGCCCUCGACAGUAAGGAACUACGUAUCGGAGUGAGUCAAAGUGACCCGAAAUCUCUUGAUGAAGCUGUAAAACUAGCGUUACGUCUGGAAAGUAUUCAUUUGGCUGAAAUGAAAAACAACAACACCGCGAAAAUCAACGUGGCGGGAGAUGAGCGAGAUACCGCUGGCUUCAACAUGACGCCGGGCGCGAGAGAUAAACGAGAUACCGCAGGCCUGAACAUGGCGGGCGCGAGAGAUGAAGAUCAAUCAACACCACCAUGGGCGAAAAAGUACUUUGAUCAACAAGCGGAACUGAUGGAUAAAAUGA